UUUCCUUUCCAAAUCUAAGUCCAGAAAUAACACAACAAAAAAUAAAAUAAAAUAAAAAAUAAAUUCACAACGGAAAUUUUUUAAAUAGAAAAAGCCUGAAGGAAAAAAUUGUUUUCUUUCUUCUUUUAUUCGGAAUGAAGGAUGAUGACACUCUGCCGACGACAACGGCAACGGCAACGGCGACGACAGUGAAUGUGAAAAAGGAAAGCUCAGAUUCGAGUCUAUUUGGUAGAGGCCGGUACAAGUUCUGGGCAUUAGCGGCGAUUUUGUUGCUGGCAUUCUGGUCGAUGUUCACUGGUACCGUUACUCUCCGGUGGUUCGCCGGUAAUCUCAACCGUCUUUCCGAUGAUCUCGAUAGCCCCAUUCAUGACGAUCUGGAUGUCCUCGAAAUGGAGGAGAGAGAGAAGGUGGUGAAACACAUGUGGGACGUGUACACUAACAGCCGUCGAGUCAGAUUACCGAGGUUUUGGCAAGAGGCGUUUGAGGCUGCCUACGAGGAGUUGACCAGUGAUGUGCCUGGGGUUAGGGAGGCUGCAAUCACUGAGAUCGCUAAGAUGUCCGUUCGUUCCGUAGAGCUUGAUCCUCCUCCUAUCCAAUCAACGGUUUAUUCCAUUCAACCUGUUCGAGAAUUGGAGCAUAUCUGAAUUUGACAUGAAUUUGCAGCUGUAGACUUACUUUGGUUUGCUUUUAUUACUAUGCAUUCUUCCCCACUUUAGUAUUGGAGUUUUCUGUAUUCGAAUAACUUGAGGUUGUAGACUUUCUCAGUUUGCUAGGAUCCAGUUGUUGAAUAACUUUAAGCAUGUUAUAUGUUCUUGUAUUAUGAGCAUGGCUUUCAGCAUUUUUUCUCUCAUGGUAAUUUGCAUUUUUCUGUCUUUCUAAUGGCUGUCAUCAUUGGAAUCCUGUGAUAAUGUACUUACUUUUGCUCGGAGUUAUCAUGUAAUCAAAUUAGUUGAAGUGCCCUCUAUUCUAUAUGUAUCAGUUUGGGCUCUCACUCGUUAUCUUAAUGGCUGCAUAUGUAAACCAAUCGAGUUACAUCAAAGUCAUUUCAUUCUCUCGGUUAUUCUUCCAAUCCUUUGCACUUUAAUUUGAUGAACCAUAGGGAUUUUCUAGAUCUCAGAACCCGUUUAUCUAAAAGAUUGUAGAGUCAGGGUGUGUUCAUGGUUAGAUGGUAGCAGCUGCUCAUGGUUAGACUCUAUGGCAUUCAAUGUCUUAAUGAAUGGUCUCAUGGUAGUAAAAUCUAUCAUUUAUAACGAUUCAGAGGGUAAAAUAUCAUAUCCAUUCCAAUUUUUAAGAUGGAUUUGAUUGUGUAGAGCAAGUAAAAUCGCACUUAGGAACAAUUGAAGGAAAUGAAGUUAUUUUAUGCUGUUUGCCGCUGUUUCCUUUUGUUGUCUUAGUAGUUAGUAGAAUGAGACUGCGCAUGGCCUUUGCGUUUUUACCAUUUAUAUGUUG